AUGACUCGUCGGAGCAGCGAACCUGGCCGGGAUACAUCCACCGCCCAACCCUUGGCCACCGCAGAGCCACACACUCACUCUCACUCUCACUCCCACUCUCACUCCCAUAACAAUGCAAGCACACAUGGACACUCUUCUACCUCCACCAUCCCACAGCUCAACCAACAACCGCAACACCACCACCACCACAAUAGCCACCACAGUCACCACCACCACCACCAUAUCAGUCAUACCUCUUCAACCCAACCAACACCAGCAGCAACAGGAGGAGUAACAGGUGCAGGAGCAGCAGCAGUGGCACGUCACCGGCUCAGUUCCGGAGCUGAACGCCUCGAUGCCAGUCUGGCAACCUCCAUUACAAGCUCAGUCAUCGAAAAGUGUGACAGUCCCGACGACACUAGCUCAAUCGAGGGUUCGACCACCCACAGUCUGAUCGAGGCCGAGUCUUCCUCCACCACUGCCGACGACGACCUCCAGUGCGUGCUCAAGGACAUAGACGAGUAUGAGUUUGUUGUUGGUGUUGCUGAAGACAGGAACAAGCGCUGCAGGAGAACCAUGGAGGAUACACACGCUUUCAUCUACAACUAUGAGGGCAUCACCGGCCAUGGCUUCUUUGCCAUCUUUGAUGGGCACGCAGGAAAGGCUGCCGCCGACUGGUGUGGUCAGCACUUUCACGAGGUGUUUGGUCGUAUUCUGGAAGAAAAGUCAGAGCAGGCAGGCGCGGAUUUCCAGGAAUUGGUGAACGAGGCAUUUUUAGAAGUGGAUCGACAAUUGGCUGAGGCCCUUCAGCAGGGGCGGUCGAGUGGUUGCACUGCCAUCAUGGCUUACAUCAGGAAAGAAGGCGACAAGCGCGUUCUUUACACUGGAAAUGUAGGCGAUGCCAGAGCAGUGUUGAGCCAUAAGGAACGCGCAGUUCGUCUGUCGUAUGACCAUAAGGGAAGCGAUCAUACGGAAGCACAACGGAUCCUGGACGUAGGCGGUUUUGUCAUGAACAACCGCGUCAAUGGUGUGUUGGCUGUUACGAGGGCAUUGGGAGACAGUUCGAUGAAAGAGUUCAUUAUUGGCGCGCCCUAUACGACCAGGACAGAAAUUAGCGCCGACAACCCAUAUCUCAUUCUCGCCUGCGACGGAUUGUGGGAUGUGUGCAGCGACCAGGAGGCUGUAGAGUUGGUCAAGGAGGUUGUCUGUCCGACCAAGGCCAGUCAGCUCCUGUUGGAGCAUGCACUUCAAAAGUUUAGCACGGAUAAUAUUAGUGUCAUGGUCGUAAGGCUAAACGUGUGA